AUGGCAUACGCUUCGCCACCAUACCACGGAUACCCGGAAGGGACUCCCUCUCCCCUAGGACGACACGGCGGCUUUUAUCAACAGGCCGCUCCUUCACCGCGUCACUAUUCGCACACUCGACACGCCAGUCACGACUACGGUCACGGCCACAGCUCCCCGGGCGCGUCAUACCCAUCACCAAGAUACUCAAGUUCUGGACGCUAUUCUACCAGGACCGGUGUUGCGUCGCCCUUUGGUGAAGCCGAAUAUGUGAGUGACAAGACGCGGAAGACGCAUCAUCAUACCCACAACAAGCAUGGUCAGAGCCAGACUUGGUCGUUUCCAAACCCGCGGUUCACUCAGUCGUAUCGAGCCUCUUAUGGGGAUUCCGACGAAGACGAGUUGAUUAACAUCGACGGUGAUAUCUACGUCAUUCCCGGUGGUCGACGCACGAAGCAAGCCUAUUAUCGUCGUAGUCGUGAAACUAAUCACUACUAUGCGCAGGGCUUCACUUAUGACAGAGACGGUACUCCUGUCAUCAUUGCGGAGCCGACUCCACGACACACUGAAACCACGCCUCGACGAUCUCGCCGAGCAUCAGCAUCUACACCACAACGACCAUCGACGGCAAACCGCCCUUCGAGCUCAUCCAAAAAGCAGCCCCCACCCAUUCCCAAGGCCACGGAGGCAGAUGCGAGGGCGCAUCGCAUCCCUGCCGGAUAUUCUCUGAAGAACUGGGACCCCACUGAGGAACCUAUUAUGCUCCUUGGCAGCGUCUUCGACUCGAACUCCCUAGGAAAAUGGAUAUACGACUGGACUGUAUACCGUCAUGGACCCGCAACGCCCAUCUCCGAUGUGGCUGGUGAAUUAUGGCUUCUCCUUAUCCAGCUGGCUGGGAAGGUCAAGCGUUCCGAAGAGUGCAUGCCCCGGAUCAGAUCAGAGGACAACCGUCUCAUGAUAAACGACUUCAUCGAGUCCGGAGAACGCCUCAUGGAUAAACUCAAGAAGCUCCUUAAGGCAUGCGAGGGACCCAUGCUUAAGGUAGGCAAGAGGCUCGGGAGCAAGGAGCCACCGCUCCUUGGCAAGAACUCCGGCAUUGAGUUCGUCGACUCCAUCUUUGGUCGUGAUCGUCAGCUUGAUCACACCGAGAAGUUCAUGGCCAGCAUCAGACUAUGGAAUCUCCGCUUCGACGCCAACUGCGAGGACAUUUUGCUUUACCCUACUGCUUAG